GCAGGCGUUUAUUUGGACGGUUGUCGUUAAACGGCGCUCACACCGCCGUUCCGGACGGAAAGGCGGCGGAGGACUGAGGCGUAAAUGGCUGCAACAUUUCCAAAAAGAAGCCGCUGUCCGUGAGUCAGACCUCAGUACCAAAUGCAUCUCAGAAAAUAGGGCGCACAUUUGCCAUAAAUUAGACGCACACAGCGGAAGUUUGUGGGAGCGAUUUGUGGGGAUUUACUGCAGCCAUGGACGAGGAAAACCAAGAAGUUCCUGAAGACCUUUCUCUGGAGGAAAGAGAUGAACUUGCUAACAUACGACGCAGGAAAAAAGAGCUCCUGGAUGAUAUCGAGCGACUCAAGUUUGAGAUUGCAGAAGUUAUGACUGAGAUCGAACAACUAACCUGUGUGGGGGAAAGCAAAGUCACACAAAGAAACAAACAAAUUGCGAUGGGAAGAAAGAAGUUCAACAUGGACCCCAAAAAGGGCAUCCAGUUUCUCUUGGAGAACGAUCUUCUCCAGAACACUCCCGAGGACAUUGCACAGUUCCUGUACAAAGGAGAAGGGCUCAACAAAACAGUCAUCGGGGACUAUUUAGGGGAACGGGACGACUUCAACAUUAAAGUCCUCCAGGCAUUUGUGGAACUUAAUGAAUUUGCAGACCUCAACCUCGUACAAGCCUUAAGGCAGUUUCUGUGGAGCUUCAGACUUCCCGGUGAAGCUCAGAAGAUUGAUCGUAUGAUGGAGGCCUUCGCUUCGAGAUACUGUCAGUGCAAUCCCGGCGUCUUCCAGUCCACAGACACCUGUUACGUCUUGUCGUUUGCCAUCAUUAUGCUGAACACCAGCCUUCACAAUCCUAAUGUCAGAGACAAACCCCCCGUGGAGCGCUUCCUGUCCAUGAACAAAGGGAUCAACGAGGGCGGAGACCUCCCAGAGGAGCUACUCAGGAAUUUAUAUGACAGUAUCAAAAGCGAACCCUUUAAGAUCCCAGAGGAUGAUGGGAAUGACCUGACGCACACCUUCUUCAACCCAGACAGAGAGGGCUGGCUGCUCAAAUUAGGGGGGCGAGUGAAAACCUGGAAGAGAAGGUGGUUCAUCCUGACCGACAACUGCCUCUACUACUUUGAAUACACAACAGACAAGGAGCCUCGUGGGAUUAUUCCUCUGGAGAAUCUCAGCAUCAGGGAGGUGGAGGAGCCCAGGAAACCUAACUGUUUUGAGCUUUACAACCCAAAUCACAAGGGCCAGGUGAUCAAAGCGUGCAAGACUGAGGCGGACGGACGUGUUGUCGAGGGAAAUCAUGUGGUGUACAGGAUAUCGGCCCCAACGCCAGAGGAGAAGGAGGAAUGGAUCAAAUCCAUCAAGGCAAGCAUCAGCAGAGACCCCUUCUAUGACAUGCUGGCCACCAGGAAGAGACGCAUCGCCAACAAGAAGUGAAGCUGGACCGUCUGCUCCACAUACAACCCAGUUAUCAUUUUCCCCUCUGUCCUGCACAUGAACACACGUGGAAUCACCGCAGAAAAAAAAAGACUUCCAGCGCCGGUGAACCAAACCUCUGUCCCCACAUCACGCUCACAGGACACAAUCUGCAUGGAGCCACAUGUGAACAAUCAUUUUCCCUUCCACGUCAAACAUGCCCCGCCCCGGGUCUACCCACCUCAUGUUCAUAACGGGUUUCUCUAAAACAAAACUGCCAUUUUCAAGUGCACAUGAAUGCAUGUGGGUUGUUGUAGACAUUGUUUGUGUGUAAGCAGCGGUUUGCAUGCUUUUAGUGCAUUUAUUUACAAUGUGGGUGCGUAAGCGGUGCAAGCGCUCCCUCCACUGUGCGUUAUGAAAAAGCCCGGUGUACUUCAGUCAGUGCAGACGCCUGUCGUGCAAUCAGUUGCACUGCAUUAUGACAGUUUUAACUAUUACAGAUGUAAAUGUGAUUGCAAAUGCCUGCUGAAAUCAAGAAUCCACAUUUCACAAAGUGCACAGGAGUUCACAUAAUGUGAACGUGUGCAGAGGGAGGAAUCCAAAAUGUUUAAACAGAAACUGUACUUUCCAAAAUUGUACCAUAACCUGAGCUGCAACGCCUUGACUCACAAACACAAACUCCGGUAUUUAGAGUUCUGUAACUUGUAUUUCUAAUGACCCACUUUCCUUGAGGGUUUGUAAUUUGCAUAGACAGAAUCUAACAGCUGAAGAUCAACCAGUGGUGGUUUUGAAGGUUUCUGCAUCACGUCAUCAGCUUUAUGCAGGUGAUGUUAUUUUGAUUCUUCAGGUUGUGGCCUCCAGUGGUCACUGGGAUGGUUUAGAGGUCACCAACUCUGCUCCUGGAGGUCAUCUGCCCACCCUGCUUUUCUUCCCAAGUUUCUGCUCAUUAACUAGGUCAGGUUUGCUCAGCCAAUCAAAAACUAGGAAUCUGUUGUGGUUACAGCAGGUACACAUGGAAAACAUACAGGGCAGGUGACUGCCCAACCCAAUCUCACGCCAUUUUGUGAUGGCAUCACAAAAGUAAAUGAAUCUUUGGUUUGUGAUUAGGGUUGGGUAUCAAAAACCGGCUGUUUUCAACAGUCAAGAAAUUAUUUGAUCCACCGACAUCGAUAAC